AUGCCAACUUGGCUGGCAGCUGAUGAAAUUCCUGUGGCUGUUGUUCGCUCUCCAGUUGGAAACCAGACCGCUGAUACUAGCGCUGUUGCGGAUCUAUCAACGCCAUUAAAAAUAGCCGCCAUCUUGUCGACACUCGCGACUUUCAUCCGUUGUCUUUCCAUACAAGCGACAGUCUUCACCACAACCGCUCAUAUCGCUGCAAUAGUUAACGGAUUUUCCGGAGUGAUAAUAGGACCCGCAACAGCGCUAGUAUCAGCGGUCUGGUUUCCAACUGGAGAGCGAACAACAGCCACAGGAAUUUCAUCAGCUGCCAGCCAAGUUGGCAUGGCGAUUUCCUACGUCCUGGGACCAGGAUUAGUAGGAAUCAGUCAUGUCAAUAGUACAAUUUCUUUGCGUAGCCAAAAAUCAGCGAAUAUUUAUCGGAUGUUUCCGCUACCCGGAAUGUCUUUCGAUUUUACCGGGAAAAACCGCAGCGCCAUUCCCGCAGAAACGUCCGUUUAUCAAACUUCUCUUCAAAUACAAAUCAUGUCUUUAAUGAGAAUCGAGUUCGUUGUACAGUGCUUGGUAUUGAUCGGCAUUCUCACGUGGUUCCCUAAGCAGUCGCAAAUAUCCAACUCAAACAUCCAGGUUUCGACGCUUGGGCUCUUGGAGUCUCUAAUUAAAUUGAUCAAGUAA